GGGUUCGUAAGGUCGCUCCAGGGAGGAGUGAGAGCUACGUGAUGUGUCUCUGCGUGCUUCCUGUCUGCGAGAGAUCCCCAUCUACCCCCGGAGUCCACUGCUGCGUCUGUCCCCGGCGUCGGACGGUCAAAACCCCACAGGUUUCCUCAUCAUGUCUGUGAACCUGAGCAAAAACGGUCCAGCUCUGACCGCGGCCUACAAGGAGGUGGUGGAUGAGAAGUCGCAGACUAACUGGGCUCUCUUCACCUAUGAGGGGAACACCAAUGACAUCCGGCUGGCAGAGAAAGGAGACGGUGGUCUGGAGGAGUUGGUGGAGGAGCUGAACAGUGGGAAGGUGAUGUACGCUUUCUGCCGUGUUGAAGACCCCAACUCUGGCCUUCCCAAAUACGUCCUCAUCAACUGGACCGGUGAAGGUGUAAAAGAUGCCAGAAAAGGCCAGUGUGCAAACCAUGUGAGCUCCAUGGCCAACUUCCUUAAGGGAGCUCACGUGACGAUAAACGCACGGGCGGAGGAAGACGUGGAGCCUGAAGCCAUCAUGCAGAAAGUGGCCAAAGCCUCAGGAGCCAACUACAGCUUUCACAAAGAGUCCAAUCGCUUCAGAGACAGCGGGCCGCAGGGGCCUGUGGGAUCCGUUUACCAGAAGACUAACGCCAUGUCUGAAAUCAAGAGAACCAACAAAGACACUUUCUGGGCCCAGGCAGAGAAAGAUGAGGAGAAGCGUCUUCAGGAGGAGAAGAGAAGGGCAGCAGAAGAGAGACAGCGGCUAGAGAAAGAGAGGAAGGACCGAGAGGUUAAGGAAGCAGAGUUACGGGAAAAGCAAGCAAAAGAGAGGGCGUCACAGAUAGAUGAACAAAGGAAGUAUCAGCAGAAGCAGGAGGCAGAAAAUCGAGGCCAGCAGAAACAGCAAUGGGAGGAGGAGGAGAGGAAGCAGACAGCACAGAAACCCUUUAGACGCGGAGAGUCGGUGGAAAAAGCCAACGAAGCCGCGGCUCUCGUCUCCCAGCGCUCCGUUAAUCCCAGAGAAAUGUUCAGACAGAGAGAGAUGGGCAUCAACCCUGCUAACACAGACAAUACUCAGUCCAGUCCAAAACCAGGGCGGUUGAACAGCCCUUUUCUAUCCAAGCAGUCAUGUGACCCAGAGCCAUUUCGCUCUCCCGUGCGUCAGGCCUCACCUUUACGAGCCAGAGAGCCCAGUUUUGAAGAGCAACCCAGAUGUCAUUAUGUGGAACCAGAGCCAGAACCUGAGCCAGAGUAUGAAGAUGUACAAGCGGUCACUGAUAAUUAUGAAAUGCCUGUAGAACAAAAGCAGCCUCAAUAUGAAGCAGUAGUGGAACAAGACGCCAUCUAUGAGGAUCCAACACAGGUGGAGGAGGAGAACACGUAUGAUACGGCAGGAGACCGCGGUGUCUGCGCCAGGGCUCUGUAUGACUACCAGGCUGCUGAUGACACCGAGAUCUCGUUUGACCCAGAUGACAUCAUCACUGGCAUCGAGAUGAUCGAUGAAGGCUGGUGGCGAGGAUACGCACCCGAUGGCCGCUUCGGCAUGUUCCCGGCAAACUACGUGGAGCUCAUCUAACGCAGCUCAACACCCCCCCCACCCACGAGAAUCAGACUGAAUUAAUUGUCCCACAUAGAUUUCAAUCUCUACUAUAUAUUUGAUUGAAAAGACUAGAAUUAAAUUCACGGACCAAAACGGUGACGAUCAUGUAUUUCAACCCUGAAUUUUCAUACUGUACUGAUACUUUUGUGUUGUUCAUUUUAGUUCAUUUCAAGCUAUAAUUUCUGUGACAUUCCCGUGACAUGCAAAUAUCCCUUUGAGACUUUUCUUAGUGUUUCUGAAGACAUUCCUUUUGAACGUUUCAUUGGUGCAGAUGUUUGUGGUAGCCGGUCCUGUUUUGCCUCGGUUUCUGCCUUCUUUUCUCCACAAGUUUGCUGAGGUCAGCCUGAAAUCAAUCGAUCGAUCAAUCGAGACGAGUUUAUUUGCUGUGUUCUAUAUGGCACGUGUUUCAAAUCCAGAAAGCAGCUUCAGUGGUUGAAUAUUAUUACGUUUCUUGAUAUUAGGCGUGCAGUGAGAACCGCUGAGGCCACAGCUUUUCCCGUCUGCUCAGAACUGUGGAGAACAUUAAUACUGUGAUUUUUAAGGCUUCAGGGAGCCAUCAUUCUCUCAUUAUCUUGCCUUUGGGUCACAGGCCGGGAUCUGGAUGCCACUUAGAUGCCGAGGCUCAAAGAGAAAGAUCACGUCAGGUUUAUUUCGACCCAGUCAUCCACUUUACUGUCAGUGCUGUGCCAAUAUGAGAGCGAGGGGAGAAGUGUUUUUGAGGAAAUGUUUGAGGUUUCAUUUUUAACAGCGCGGUGUGGAAAAACAUCAAACAUCUCCGAGUCAUUCAGCAGAGCCGUAGUUCCUCUCUAGAGCUCAUUGUGAAUAUCUAACAUGUCUGGACACCGUCGUAACUUCAGUUAAAAGAAUAAAUAAAUGAGAGUUUUAAGACUGAACGAAA